AUGCGUCUGCUUGGGACCAAAACGUUGACGCUUCACGAAUUCGUCGAGGGCCAAGUUCCCGUGUACGCAAUAUUGUCGCAUACAUGGGGAAAAGGAGAAGUUCUCUUCAGAGAUCUGGAAAAUGACCCAUCUGACAAAGCUGGCUGGGUCAAAAUUCAGUCUGCCUGCCGUGUGGCCAGCGAACGGGGCUAUGACUGGAUCUGGAUCGAUACCUGCUGCAUCGACAAGGCCAGCAGCAGCGAGCUAUCCGAGGCCAUCAACUCUAUGUACAAAUGGUACCAAGAGGCAAGCCUGUGCCUUGCAUUUCUUUCCGAUGUGGCGUAUUGUGAGCCUGGGACAAGUGAGUGCGGGGCGGCUCUGACCCGGGGUCGGUGGUUUACCCGUGGCUGGACGCUUCAGGAGCUCCUGGCCCCUGUUUCUCUGGACUUUUAUGCUCAAGAUUGGAAGCUUUUGGGACCUCGGGCCCUCUUCCGCAGCUUCAUUGAAAAGAAGACGGGCAUUGAAAGCAUGUACUUGUCGGGAGAGAAAGGUUUGGCUAGUGCGAGUGUCGCCGAGCGGAUGAGUUGGGCUUCGCAAAGGACGACGACCCGAACCGAGGACGUUGCGUAUUGUCUUCUGGGUAUCUUCAAUAUUAACAUGCCUUUAAUAUAUGGAGAAGGCGCCAAGGCAUUCCAGAGACUGCAAGAGGCAAUACUUCGAGAGAACGACGACCAGUCCAUCUUCGCGUGGGGGACACCGCAUGAGACAAAUAUCGCCACGACCUCGAGAGGUGUGGACAGCAGGUCACUUCUCGCGCCAAGUCCUAAAGAUUUCAGACACUCUGGCGACAUCAUUCCCAUCUUCAACGUCAUUCCCGGUGCCCGAAUUCGCAUCGAACAUUCAGGUAUCGCCAUUAUGACGCCACUGUUCAUACAAACACCUUCUAAAUGGGCCACAGGCUCUUGCUCGCAAACUCUAUUGGCGCCUUUGCUCUGCCGUCACCGCACCGACGUCUUCAACGCCAUCGCGCUUUUUUUAAGCACUUCCAACAGGCGCCCGCCUGAUCUCGAUCAUCUCGACGAGAUGACGUACCACAGGCUCUCGUACCGACUGACCACUUUUCCAACGACCGCAUGGAUAAGUGGGAGACUUUGUUCAACUUUCAUUUCCUUUAAAUCUUUGCCUACCUCUGCAGAUGUCAGAGAGGAGCGCUACCUUCUGCCGAGUGGGGGAUGUGCUAUCCGGACGCUGCCCAAGGGAUUUGAUCUUGGAGUCCCAUACUCGCCGACAUGGGUUGAUCGUGACGAAGGAAUGCAGUUUUCUGUCUACCCAAUAACACAUCGCCUUGCUAGAUCAUAUGGUCUUUCGUCCCCAAUCGUGAUUCCUCUCAGAGGCUCAUCGCUGCAAGAGGAUGACUGGGAGGGAUCGCUUGCUCUUGUUUUACAGUAUCAGUACAGGUCAGCCGGGACCGGGUUUGGCGACUACAUCGUCUUCCAUAACGUGCCGUCGCGGAUGGUGAACCGGGUGGUUGUCGUACCGCCUGGAUUUACACUUGCAAGCGUUGCGGAAACGGUGCAGGAUGAAUCUGAGGGGUGGACAGCGGAUUACGUGCGUCGGUUCUCGGGCGCGAGCGACACGACGGAAGCAAGAAGUUCGGCAGACUUGUUCGAUCUUAGUUCGUUGAGGACAUACACCAGGUUCAGGGUGGGAACUUCGACUGAGCCUGUGUAUGGAAACCUUCAGAUCGUCGAUGUUGAGGAUACCAUGGGGAUUAACGUCUCUCUUGAGGUGGAUCACAAUGGGAUUUAUACUCCCGUGAAGGGUGUACCACAUUUAUCUCAUCGAAAAACGUUCGCUCGAGAUGUGACCUAUGGAGGAUUCAGAUACGCCCUCUCGUUGAGGGAGAAAUCUUCCUUCGGCAACUCACGCAGAACACAACCCACCAUGAACACUGGCUGGAUGACUUGUGGCUGA